GGCGCCGCUACCUGAGCAGGAUUAACUGUUUCCUCCCUGCGUAGCCCUAUGGGCCAGGCAGGCGGGGCCUAUGAAAUUGAUAGCUGUCACGCUGAGCUGGCUUCAGUCAGUGUCUUAUUCGUUGCUGUAUAUGACAGCAGAGCUGUGACAUCGCUAUGUGAGUACAUGGCUUCAUGCGCCCGGUAUUAACUCUUGUUCUUCUUCAUACAAGGCUGUAACUACCCAAUACCUUUAUUGUAUGAUGCAUUAACUCUCAGGUUCUUAUUCCAAGCGGAAAUGGCCAGCAGUAAGUCAGUACUGAGCUUGGUCACCUUCUCUUUCGGAGUGGCUAUUGGUUUUAUUUUUUGCUACGUGAUAGUCAACAUAGUCCUAGAGAAGAAGGUGACGCCCCAACCCGAAAUCUUCCACAAUGACCCCCAUGUGCGGCACUCAGAUGAUGAUGCCCCGAGUGAGCAGCUUCAGGGGCAGAUGAACUUCAACGCGGAUAAGGAGCAGCAUCACGAUGAGGAUACACACAUAGCUGACGGUCUGAAUGAGAAGGUGAAAAUCUUAUGCUGGGUCAUGACAGGUCCUCAAAACCUGGAAAAGAAAGCAAAACACAUUAAAGCUACGUGGGCUAAAAGGUGCAAUAAGGUAUUGUAUAUGAGUUCAGAAGAGAACAAAGAAUUUCCCACAGUGGGAUUGGAUACAAAGGAGGGCAGAGACCAACUGUAUUGGAAAACCAUUAAAGCCUUUCAGUAUGUGCAUGACCAUCAUCUAGAAGAAGCUGAUUGGUUUAUGAAAGCAGAUGACGAUACAUAUGUUGUUCUGGAUAACCUAAGAUGGCUUUUGUCAAAGCACAAUCCUGAAGAUCCUAUUUAUUUUGGGAGAAGAUUCAAGCCCUAUGUAAAGCAAGGUUAUAUGAGUGGGGGUGCUGGUUAUGUGUUGAGUAAAGAAGCUCUGAAGAGGUUUGUUAAUGCAUUCAAAGAGGAAAAAUGCACACACAGUUCUUCUGUGGAAGAUCUUGCUUUGGGAAAAUGUAUGGAGAUUAUUAAUGUAAAAGCUGGAGAUUCCAGAGACACUAGUGGUAAAGAAACUUUUCAUCCAUUUGUUCCGGAACAUCAUCUUAUCCAGGGCUACUUGCCGAAGACUUUUUGGUACUGGAAUUACAAUUACUAUCCUGCUAUUGAGGGUCCCGGCUGCUGCUCUGACCUGGCAAUUUCUUACCACUAUGUGGAUUCUACAACUAUGUAUCAGUUAGAAUAUUUGGUUCAUCAUCUUCGACCAUAUGGAUACAAAUACAGAUACAACCCAGAACCACUAAAAAAUACUGUGAACCAAAAUGUAAAUGAACCUUCCGACAAAGCUAUUGAUGGACAAGCAGCAGUGUGAAAUCCAUAUAUAUAUAUAUAUUUAAAAAAAAAAAUCUUCAAAUGAUACUUGUGCACUGAAGUGAAGCAGGUGGUUGGGCAAAUAACCACAAACGACAGCCUAUAUUAUUUUAUGUUUUCAAGCUUGAUAGACUCUGUUCUUUUCCCACAAUAAUCAAUAUUGAAGGAUGAAAGUGAUUGAAGAAAUGUUAUUACUUAUGUUAUGUUUAUUCUGUAAUGCUGUCAAGUGAGUGAAAUGAAGAAAGAUUGCUGUGGAAACCGUCUGUAUUUACAAUCACAUUAGUACAUAUUGUGCCAUUUACGCAUACCUGUAAAACAGGAUAGAUUGCUACAAAGCCUAAUUGAUACCUAUAUCAUAGAGCACUUUUGCUUCACUGGUUAAUUAUGCAUUCAUUCUUUUUCAAAGAGUGUCUGAUGUCUGGUUUACUGGUAGCUGAAUACAGGUCCAAAUCCAGAAUUCCAAAAUACACUUUUUAAUAAUAUAUCUUCUUUUAAAUAUUAAAGGCAUCCUAAACCCAAAUUUUUUAUUUCAUGAUUCAGAUAGAGCGUGCAAUUUUAAGCAACUUUCUAAUUUACUUCUAUUUUCAUGUUCUCUUGAUAUCUUUAUUUGGAAAAAAAAGCAGUGAUGUAAGCUUAAGAGCUGGCCCAUUUUUGGUUCAGCAUCUGGGUAGCGCUUGCUGAUUGGUGGUUAAAUGUAGCCACCAAUCAGGAAGUGCUGAACCAAAAAUGGGCUGACUCCUAACCUUACAUUUCUGCUUUUUCAAAUAAAGAUGACAAGAGAGCAAAGAAAAAAUGUUAAUAGGAGUAAAUUAGAAAGUUACUUAAAAUUGCAUGCUCUAACUGAGUCACAAAAGACAAAAUGUGGGUUUAGUAUCCCUUUUUAAUCAAAAAUAUUGUCUAAAUGACAUAAGAUAUUGUGUUUACACUUGGUCCGUCCCCUCUCCAAAUUUUCCCUUUAUAUAGAUGCAAAUAUUCCAAAAUCCAAACAUUUUCCGUCCCAAGCAGUUUGUAUAAAGGGUUUUCUACCUGUAUUCUCAGCUUUGAGACCUUGAAGUGACCCAUGAACUUUAAUGCGUCACAGUCCCUAGGAGGGAACUACAGUACAGAGAUGCAUGAACAAAACAUGUUUUAGAUGCUUAUUUUAAAUUAAACUUACCCUGUUCAUUUAAGCACUAUCUUUAGCUGAUGUUGGGCACAACUGCAACAGCAUGGUUACUACUCGCCAUGCUUUUGUUAUUAAUUCUGCGCCAACAACUAAUUUGAACCCCUUACUGGUGCCAUAUUAUAGAGCUUAAAGGGACAUUAUACACUCAUUUUUUCUUUGCAUAAAUGUUUUGUAGAUUUAUUUAUAUAGCCCAUAAAGUUGUUUUUUUUAAAAAAAAUGUAUAGUUUUGCUUAUUUUUAAAUAACAUUGCUCUGAUUUUCAGACUCCUAACCAAGCCCCAAAGUUUUAUUAGAAUACAGUCAGCUACCUUCUCCAGCUUGCUCCUGUUUGUGUAAAGGGUCUUUUCAUAUGCAAAAGAAGGGGGAGUGUCUGAUAUUUCCCACUUGCAGUGGGCUUUCCAGCUACCUUUUCAACAGUGCUAAACUGUGAGCUUCUAAGUAAGUUUUUAAACAGUUUUAUGCUGGAUUUUUAUAUCCGUAUCUGUGCAUCUUAUUCUUUAUAGUAGUGUCUAUUACAUGCAGUUAUAUGAAAAUGAGUGUAUACUGUCUCUUUAAGUACUCUGUAAAAGGUGGGUGUGCAUUCACAGAUAGGUGUCAGGUUUUUUAACAGCUGCAUUGUGCGCUUCUUGUUACUGUGCAUGAUACAGAGUGGGAACUUUGGAUUCUUGUAGUAGAUGAAUUCUUCUAUAUUAAUAUGCCCUUUUUCUGUAUAUGUUAUUUAAAACUGUGUAUUAACGCUGCAAAAAUGUAAACCUCGUGCUCUGUGUUAUAAAACACCCAAUACAGCUGUGAAUAAGCCAAUAACAUCACUGAACUGUGAAUGUUAACAACUUCUGUUACAAGGUGCAAGAAUAUUAGAACUCCAAGAUGGCCAAAAAAGGCAAUUCAGGGCUUUAUCAACCAGCAACUGUAAAGUGUUAAAAUAAGAGAACAAUUCUGAAGAGAGCUGUAGGCAUAGGCGGAGAAACAAUAGUCUGGUAAGCAUUAACCCCUUUGUGCCCUUAUGACGUUCUAUGCUGUCCUUACUGCUCUGGGCUUUAAAGCCCUUAAGACAGCAUAGAAUGUCAUAGCUGUUUGGCUGUACUAAAGCCAAAGGCGCUACCUGAAUAGGAUUGUGGGCUGGAGGGUGUGCCUAGCUUCAUAGGCACUCCCUCCUAACACGAUCCCAUCAAUGAAAGCAUGCAAUUGCAUGAACGAUCGUGCAAUUUCAAUGUUUUACUUACUUAGUUUACAUUGGGUAGACGAAUAAAUCUGGGCGGGAAGGGGUUGACCAUUCUGUUGAAGUUUUGUCCAGCAGUUUCAAUAUCCCUUUAAGAUUGGGAGCAGCAUGUGAGAGGCUGUAAUCCCCAAGCCAUUAGUGCUUAUUGCCUUUGGAUAGAGCAGUGUCGCUCUCCCAUAUUGAGUUUUAAAUAAACAUUUGAAAUAAGGGUGACACACACACUUUGGCAGUAGAGGUUUAGUUGACAGCAAAAAAUGAUAAUUUAUAGUCAGUCUGAUUUUAUUUAUUUUUGGUUACUGCAUCCUGUGCACUUUCUUUUGUGAAACAAUGUUCCAAGGACACAUAGAAAGCCCUGGCAUAUUUAGUGGGUUGGCAUUACCCAUAUGGGGUUGUAAUGUUAACAGGAUUGCACAAAUAAGAUUGCAAAUAAGGCCACAUUUGAUAAGAGGCCGGAGCCCUGGUUAAUAUUGAGAAACCAGGUAAAGCUUACAUAGCUACAUGUAGAGUUAAAAGUUGGUUAUCAAUUGAUAAUUGUUUAUAAGCUCACAUAAUUUUUCAUGGCCUUUACAAUUUAAACAAGAUUGUGCAUUUGCCUUAUUUUUCUUCAUACGUGUUUUUUUUGGGGGGGGGGGGGGUUGUUACUGGGAUUUGUUGCCCCGUGUUCCAGAGUGACUUUAAAGGGACAUUACAAUGAACAGUAUGUUGGGACUAUUUAGCUUGUGAACAUCCUUUUUGCUGAGGUCUGAUUGUCAGGGAUACAUAUACCUCAGUCAGUAGCUUCUUAUGGUCUAUGUUUAGCUGUCUAACUCCUUGAGGUUGGUCACAAUCCUUUAGACUUUAAUGGUGAUUUUUUGAUUAAAAAAAAAAAAAAAGUUUUUUUCUAAAUGGUUGUGGUCGACCCCCUUGUUUAAAACAUUUUGGAGGACGUCUUUAACACAAGGGUAAAUUCCACCUGUAAAAAUUAUGACACAAAUAUAUCAGAAAAAAAUAUAGUCUAAUCUUUUAAUACCCUUUAUAGAAACAGGCAGCUAAACAUUGAGUAUUACCCCUUGUAGAGGAAAAAAUAAAUAAAAAAGGCGCUCACCGUUUGAACAAAGAUGUCAUGUCUGUCUGUCUGAUGAAGGGGCACCACCCUGAAAGGUCAUGCUAUAAAAUUGACAUCUUUGUUCAAACGGUGAGUGUCUUUCCAUAUAAUUUCUCAAUUGUGUAUGUUACUUGCACGGAGCACCCCGGAAGCUGUGUGGUUCUUAUUUAUUCAUAGUGUGCCAACCCUUGCUUACUUUAUAUAUAUCCCAUGUUGACUUUGAUUAAUUUCCCUUGUUUUUUUACAACUCUCUCCACCUUACAAAACCUCAAUUACCAGAGUAAAUCUGUUUGCUACCACAUUCUGUGCAAGACAUUUCACAUUUGUCGUGUGUUCUUUUCUUGGUUAAAGGGACAUACAUGUCUUUCAGGAUUUGGAUAGAACAAGCAAUUUUAAACUUUCCAGUGUACUUAUAUUAUCAAAUUUUCUUUGUUUUCUUGUUAUCCUUUAUUGAAAAGCUGGAAGGUAAGUUUAGGCGUGUGCACGUGUCUGCAUCACUAUGUGGCAGCAGUUUUGCAAGGAUGUUAUACAUUAGCAAGAGCACUAGAUCCUGUCAGGUAGUGCUCCAGACGUGCACAUUACCUACCUAGGUAUCUCUUCAACAAAAAAUAACGAGAACUAAGAAAAUGUAAUAAUAGAAGUAAAGUGUAUUCUAUCUGAAUCAUGAAAUAAAUAUUUUGGGUUUCAUUUCCCUUUUAAAAUUUAUUUUCUAAGCUAAAAAUGUCUUCUAAGUUAAAGGGACAUAGAAAUAAAUAUUAGAUUAUUUACCAUAUAUAAGAUGGUAGUGUGCCAAUAAACAUGUUUGGCUUGAUUAUGAGUGGUGCUCUGUUGUGCGGAAGCAAAAAGGGGUUUAUCACGGCUCUUUGCACACAUCUGACGUUGCGCGGUAUUACAAGUUGAAAGUAACCGCAUCUGCUUGAGCGCAAUUAAAUUUAAUGUAUGUCAGGAUAGCAUGACCUCAAAGCUCUUGUUAAGCGAGACGAAAAAGUUGCACAAAACAUACAUUUUAAAGUAUAGUUACAAUGAAAAUGACACUAUCUAAUAAAAAUGAUUAAAAAGUUAUAAAGGCUCAAAGAUAUUAGGUCUCAGGUGCCUGCAAAGGACUUUAACAUAGAAAUACAUACAUAGACAUGUCUAAAUAAUAUUAUGUGUGUGUAUGUGUAUUUACAGACGUAUACAUAUAUAAGUGCAUUAGAGCCCUUUGCUGUCAAGUAGAUGAAAACACGUAAAAUCCUAUUUAUGCAAUAUUUAAUAGUGUUUAACUAUUUACUGUAAAUAUUUCACAUACCAAUGUUCUUUACAUAGGGAAAUAUGUGCUAUGUAUUUUAAAAUAGAUAUUCCUAUAUAUAUUUGUCGAUAUCUUAUACUUUUUUUAUAUACAGAAAUGGUAGGCACUGCACUCUCACUAACCAAAAAAUGACAACAACCAGGGUGCCGGCAGGGGCAAUAAAUAGAAAGUAUGCAGACCGCAUUUGCUGGAUUUCAGAUUUUCAUGUCCAUUUAGCACACUUGAGAAAAUGUGAUCCGGUUUAUGCGAGUAAGGGUUAGAAUUAGCGAUUUUCCCACUUUUCGCUCUCCAUUGAGCGGGGAAUACCGUAAAGCGGUCACAAUAUUUGAACUUAAGCUUUUUGUGCGCAUUGCCUCAGUGGUUGAUCGUAAACUUUUUACUUUCAACUUGUAAUACGCGCGCAACACAACAUGUGCAAAAAGCCGCAGUCUAGGACAGUUAAGACGUGAGCACACUCGUUAUGUAGCCCAAUAUCGUUUCGUGCUGCUUUAAUAUUGUUUUUUAUUUACAAAUUCAGAUUAUCGUCUUAACUCUUUGAACCACAAACAAGCUGUUAUUUUUAUUUGAAUGUUUAAAGGGAUAUUGUUCCCAGUAUUUAUUUAUUUUUUAAACAAAAGCAUGCAAGUAAACUUACCUUCUCUUUUCAGGCUUGUAGAGGGUAGUCCAUAUCAACCAGUACAGCUGGGGCAUUGUACCCAUCUUACAUUUGUUGAUUUUUCCAUAUAUGCAUAUUAUUUUUUGUUUACCAAAAUGUUUGUUUGGAACGUCUGUAACAAUAACCGUGCUGCUGGCCUAUAUGUUUUUUUAAAAGUUACUGUAAAAUUGUUUGCCUUAUCAGUUUAUUCUAAAUAUUUUGAGUAUUGGUAAUUACUAUAAGUAAUCAUUAACUUUAAAAUCUAAACCACUGUUAUCUUUACAUAUGUUAUGUAAAUUUAUAUUUUUGUUCUAUUUUAUUUUAAAAUAAUUGUAUAUUACUCGAGUGUUUAUUAAACAUGCAUUUUACAUGUUUUCAGAGGGCUUCGUUAUAAGUACAAGAACUUUUUUUUUUUUUUUUUUUACUUAAAAGGGACAGUGUACUGCAAAAUUGUCUUCUCUUUAACAUGUUUCCAAUGAUCCAUUUUACCUGCUGGAGUGUAUUAACUUGUUUACAAAUGGCUCAUUUACCUUUUUAGCUUGUCAUUUUAAAUGGAUGUUUCUCCUGUAGAAACCUCCACCUGUACUAAAAUUCCAGUACAGAAGUACUGGCUAGAGAAAAGCUAUGUAAACAACAAAAUACAUUCAAACAAAUCAACCUUCGGGGGUGGUAGAACCCUGCCCUUUGUAAAAGAUGUUCCUGCAUCCGUUUUAAAUCUAAUGAACUCUUCUACUUGCUGCUUGCCUGGGUACACUGUCCCUUUACAACAAGGUAGCCAUCUUCAGCUCAACUCCAUAGCAGAAGGUGGUGGUGUUAUGUGUUUGUUUUUUGUUUGUUUUUAAUAAUUGCCUGGACCUAUUUUGGUGUUGUGUUUUUCUUUUUGUACAGUAUGGCCAGUCAAGAAGUGGACAUUGAGGUAAUUUAAAUUAUAAAAUAAAUAUUUUAGUAAGGACUAAAAUUGAAGUUAAGAGUUCCAUAGACUUUGGUUUUAUUAAGUGCUUGUGGAAACACAGGAUUGCAUCAACUUUGUCUCAAAUACAACCAUAACUGAUUAAACCAACUUAAAUACUGAUUUAAGGACAAUGGUGUGAUAGCAGCAAAAGUACAUUUUGCUAUAUAGUCAACAGUGAAGUAUGGUCUCGUCAGAAUCAAACGGAGAAUUAAAAGAAUUGUAUUCUUUCUGUGUACCUGCCUACUUUGUGCUAUGAAAAGAUAUGCUGUCGGCAUUCAGAUUUAUUUUAUUUAAAAUUAAAAACUUGAUUUUUUUUUUCAUAUUUUACUUCUAAAUAAUCAGAUCUCUGUUUUGAUUAACUUAAGUGCCUUUUAAGUAUUGAUAGUGGUGUUUGUAAAAAAAAAAUAAAAAAAAAAUAUCCUAAAAGAAACAAUAAAAAAAUAAUAAUUAAAAAUCA